UCUGUCUUCUUCAUCUCUUCCUCUUUCUUUCUUUCUCUCUCUCUCCUUUGAUAGAAAGGGGGACUUGACCUGGAAAUGGAUUUGAAUGCUACUACUCUCUCCACUCUCCGCUUCUGAGAUUUCCAUUUCCCUCUCAUUUCUCCCUUUCAAUUCUUCCUUUAACUCCUCCAAUUUGCUUCUCCAUUCUUGGAUUUGCUAGAUCUUGUUUCGGAUCCGUGGAUCUCUGCUACCUUCGGCAUUAUCUCUUUCUCUCUUGUUGCAGAUCCUUUCCGCAGCUUCUUCAAUCUCGCGCCUCGAAUCGAAGCUCAUACGGCUUUGUUUUUCAUGAGGUUCUGAUCGGCUGCGCGGUUUUCGAGUUUACAACAAAUGAUGGAAUCGGAAAUCCUUGUACCUGCUGAUGGGCUCAAACUGACCCUUCAAAAUGGGUUUCAUGACCAUAUUUCUGACAACUCAGAGGACAUCGUUGCAAAAGUUAUAGUGAGCGAGGGCAUAAGCAAUGACGUCGGGGCUACAACUCAGCAAGGAAAUAUGGAAAAUGAUCUCAAAUUGAGUGGCAGUGCAACUAAUGAUUCAAAGACUAGGGAACUCAUGGAGGGAUCAAGUUUUCCGGAAGAAAGCAAUAUAUCAAUCCUUUCUAAGGAAGGAGGGGAAAAGAAUGUUGAUCCUUCUAAGCAAGUAAAACCAGAGAAGGGUCAAAUCAAGAGCAAAAAUGAAAAGUCAUCAGGCCCUAAACACAUUCAUUCGACAGGGGUGAUUAAGAAUAAACAUGGAAAAGAUUCGGAACAGACUGCUGCUCUUUUAAAUGGUUCUACCUCAGGUACAGGUACAGGUACAUCGCAUCCACACUCGAAGCAGCAUUAUAAGAGUAGAUCAUUCAAUGACAGGCAAGCUCAAGUGCCAAAGCAAUCUGAGAAGUCUGAUGGAGAAGGAUCAAAGGAGAAUACGAACUUGAAACCUUUGCAGAAAGGUCAUCCUAGUAAGUCAGAAGAAGAAUCAGAAUCUUCUUUAAGUCCAAGAGCAGGGGAUGAGAAACCACACAGGAUUGGGAGACUUCCUAACUAUGGUUUUAGUUUUAGAUGCAAUGAGCGUGCUGAGAAAAGAAAAGAGUUCUAUUCGAAACUUGAGGAAAAGAUACAAGCCAAGGAAGUAGAAAAGAAUACUUUACAGGCAAAGUCCAAGGAAACUCAAGAGGCUGAGAUUAAAAUGUUUAGAAAGAGCUUGAACUUUAAAGCAACUCCCAUGCCUAGCUUUUAUCAGGAACCACCUCCACCCAAAGUAGAAUUGAAAAAGAUACCACCUACAAGAGCCAAGUCUCCCAAGCUUGGCCGAAAGAAGGGUUUGAGCCCGGCAGACACUUCGAGUAAUGAUGGUGGUGAUUUUCGAUCAGUUCGCUUAAGCCUUGAUGAGAAUGCGGCUCUGAUUAAUAAUUCCAAGGGGGUCUCUCCUGCUCGUUCAGAGAAGCCUAAACGCAGGUCUCUUCCUAGACUGCCUUCUGAGAAAAGUGCACUAUCUGGUGUCAUAGCACAUGCAGGAAAAUCCUCUGCAAUUAAGGUGAAAAAUGCAGAGAAGCCUGCUGCUGCUGCAGCAUCUACAAUUGGAAAGAAAGAAGAAAAACGUGCAUCAGAGAAGCCUGCGAGUUUACAAAUGGUAGACGAAGAGAAAAUUGCUCCCUCGGACACGACAAACAAAGUAGUAGCCUCUCUUAGCCAGGAAGAGAACGGAGUUGCAACAGCUGAGCCCAGUGAAACAGGGAUCAAUUCGGACGAAGAGGAGGCAGAGAAUGAAGAAGAAUAUCAUCAGCAUCAGACGUCGGUGGAAGAAGCUGUAGAAUUGGAGCAGCCAUCAAGCAUUUAAAGCAGCAGACACAGCCACAGCCAAGGGCGUGAUGCCAUUUUGGAAAUGGAACAAAAAAAAUGGUAUGAGACCUGAUGACUUACUUGGGCAUUAAGAACUGAAAGAAUGAAUAUUUGGGUUGUGAUUGUUAUUGUAUUAUUAUCGUGUCUUCUUCUGUCAAUAGCAGCAAUUAGUUCUCUCACUUGUGUGCUUCCUUCCAUUCACGGUUGCUGGUUGCGUCACUUUUCAAAACCACUUCCCAUCAUUGUAUGUAACUUCUCUCGUCAACUUUCCUUUUUGAUCUAAUUUAUGUUUCUGCCUCUUUUUUUUCGUUACUUGGAGAAACCCUUUGGAAAUCAACACCCUACAAAAUGAUUGUGAUUUCUUC